UAGCAGACCCUGGGUACGAUUAUGACGUCACUUCCGCCCGUGCUGCCAAAUCUGGCCGCGCUGAGCGAGAACAAAACCACAUAGCACAACAUAGUUUUUGCGUGACUAUGUACGAGAGGUUUGGGGCCUUGGUAAGAUAGCAACGACACGGGACGCCAUCUUGUGCUUUUCAGCGGACUCCAGACAAGUGAACAUCUCCUGGCCAUAUCCUGGAAAUUUUGCUGGACAAAAGAGUGAAAAUGGCUACAGGUGCCACCCACAUCUAUGAGUACUUGAGUCUCCCUGAAAGUUUACUCCAGCAGCUGGACCAGCAGCGUAAAGACGGUUUCCUGUGUGACAUCACCCUGAAGACAUCAAGUGGGGACCUUUCCUGGACCGCCCACAAAUGUGUGCUGUCUGCCUUUUCUGGUUACUUCAAGUCACUGCUUGCCACUAACGAGGCAUCAGAGGUCCAACUGGACCCUGUGACAGAGAAAGGCUUCAGUGCUCUUCUGGACUACAUGUACACAGCCAAGCUGGUGCUGACCAAGGAGACAGCCCAGGACAUCUUGGUAGCAGCAGGGUUUCUGGAGAUUGUCAAUGUGCUGUCUGACUGUUCCACCUACCUGAGUGGACCAGAGGAGCAGCCUGUGGACAACCAACCAAACACUGCUGGCCAGAAAGAAACCACAGAACCAGGAGGAUCCGCCCCUCCCACCCAGCCACAGCCAGUCAAGCUGGAUAGAGUGUUCUGUUUCAUGUGUUAGCUUUAUUACAGUGUUGAGAUGUUGUAACUUUGUUGUCUGUAGGAUCCGCCCCUCCCACCCAGCCACAGCCAGUCAAGCUGGAUAGAGUGUUCUGUUUCAUGUGUUAGCUUUAUUACAGUGUUGAGAUGUUGUAACUUUGUUGU